UCCCGCCGCACACCCACAGACACACAAACGCAGGAGCAUGAUCCCGUGUGGGGGGACUCAGCUGUGCAGAAUUAUCCUAGCGGGGUUGAGGAGCAUUUAUCCAGACAUGGACUCUGACUAAGAGAGUGCACUGAAAACUGCUUGACUCUUUGGACUGUGGACUCUCGAUCCUUUCAGCCAACGUUGGAAAUCGAAAAGAGGGAAGUUCAACCGCGUGUGACGCCAGGGUACAUCCAGUUCCAUAAUGGCAAUCCCCAAUGACCUCUCCCUUUUCAGCUCCAGCUCCCCCCCCUUGUUAGCGGGAGAGGUCUUUGUGAACGCCUCCCCGGCCCCCUCCGACGACCCAUGCGGAGACUGGUCUUCUAUACCUACAAGCACAGUCAUCCCCACCAUCUACAGUAUUAUUUGUGUGCUGGGAACCAUAGCCAACUCCUUGGCGGUGUGUGUUUUGGCCCAUGGCAGCGCCUCCAGGAGAACUGUAGCCAACACAUUCAUGCUGAACUUGUGUGUCUCUGACCUGCUGUUCCUGCUGUCUCUCCCGCUGUGGGCCGUCUACUACUCCCAGGGCUAUAACUGGCCCUUCGGCCGAUCGGCCUGCAAAAUCUGCGGGUUUCUCCACAACCUCAACCUGUACGCGUCCAUCUUCUUCAUCUCCUGCAUGAGCAUGGACCGUUACCUGGCCAUCGUGCAUCCCCUCCGCUCUCAGAGCGCCCGGGACCCCAAGCGCGCCCGGCUCAUGUGCAUCCUGGUGUGGGUUCUGGCGUGUGCUUGCGCGGCCCCGACUCUGGCCCUGAGGGACACGUACCUUCUCGAGGCGCUGGGCGUGGAGGCCUGCGUGAUCUUAUACCCGGAUCAAACCUGGUACCUGACCCUGGUCUGGAUGAAGAUCGUUCUGGGCUUCCUGCUGCCGCUGUUUGCCAUCUCUUGUUGCUACUGGGCCAUCGGGAAACAUUUGCUGGCGGAUACGGGGUUGAUGAGAAUGCAGAGAGCAUCAUAUCCCACCAUGCCCUCGUUUAAAUCAUCAGAAUCCCAGGAGGGCUGCGCUAAGCCGGAGAGACCCCCGACACCCUGCUUCAAUCCCAGCUCUAAUGAGGGCAAACCCCAGAUGGGGAGGGGGGUGGAGAGGAUUUUGUGGACGGUGGCCGCUGUGGUCCUGGCGUUCUUCGUCUGCUGGUUCCCCUUUCACUGCCUGACCUUCUUGGACAUACUGAAGAACGAGGGCUGGCUGGACGGCUGCUGGGUCACCUGGACCUACCACAACCUCAUCCCCCUCACGCUUUGCCUCGGUUUCUCCAACUCAGCCAUCAACCCCAUGCUCUACUGCUUCAUCGGGAACCAUUUCCGGGGCCGUCUCGGGGGACUCUGUAAGGGCCUGUGUGCCUGUUUUAAGGCCCGCAGAGAGGAGCACAGCCAGAAGAGAGGCUCCUUCAGCACCAGGCUCAGCUCCUUCUCACGAAAACUCAGUGAUCUCAAGGACCUGGCAAUUGUGGAGACCUCUGUUUCCCCAUAUCAGCCCUCAUCGCUUCAGUCCCAGAGGACGGACUUUAUCUCCCCUUCACUGGCUCCAGACUGCAAAGAAUGCAUGCAAUCAAGUGACCGCUGAACUGUCGGGGACAGGCCCAGGGAGGGGUACGGGGAGUGAGGGGGACACCUGGCGCCACUGCGGACAUGAUCCCAGACAUGUAAAAUUCAAAGCAUGUAACAUAAUAUAAGCCAAAUGAGAUGUAAAAAUAACCAAAAGGUGUGACAAAGUAACCAAAAAAGAGAAAAAGUUACGAUGAUUUGAUGUAAAACAUCAAAUAAAACAAAAGAACCACCUUCCAAAACCACGGAAAGACAGAGAGAAAGGAAGCGGCUUUUACCUGCAGGAGAAGCCGCCGUGCUACAGGCUCCACUCACCUCGUGCUCUUGCAGCCAUUAGCACAGCCAUUAGCACAGCAAUUAGCACAGCCAUUAGCACGGCCACGUCUCCGUUUCUCCUGCAGAGCCACACUGUUGCUCCACAUUCAAAUGUUAACGAAAAUAAAAAGGUCAGUUACAGGAAAGUGUUCUGAUCAGACAGUUAAUCUCUUAAAGGCAACUUUAAAGCUUUCUUUCGCAAAAGUUACAUCCUGUAUUCUGUAUAAAUAUAUUUUAUGUACAAAGGCAGAGAAAAAACAAAGAAAGCUGAUUUUUUUUUUUUUGGUUGCUUUGUUUUGGAUUUGCAGGGCAGGACCGACUAGAGACGAUGAGCGAGAUAUUCUCGCCGUAUCUAAGGACAAUUCUUAACCAUUCGUUCAAGUGUUGCACUUUCUGUUGUAUUAUUUCUGUAAUCACCAUGUUACCGUUUGAUUGUAUUAUUUUGUACAGUCCGUUUGAAUAAGAAAUAAAAGCGAACUUGUUUGUUCAAU